GGUUCCUACCAGAGAAGAUGUUGGCAUGAAUCUGCAAGACAAUGAUGGAAAUUCGCCGCUACAUUAUGCAGCGCGUUCUGGACAUGAAAAUGUAGUCUCAUUGCUUCUAUCGCAUUGUGAGAUCGCACCGAAAUUGAAAAACACGAAGGAACAGUCUCCGUUGUGUUGCGCAAUCUUGGGUGCCGACCAAGAACAGGAACCGUCAAACAGCGUGUCUGCGAGCUCGCAGGAGGCAAUCGUGGGCCUUUUUCUUGCGCGCGAUGAUAUUCGUGUUGAUCUGGAGGGCGACAACGGAAUCACACUUAUUAUGCUUGCUCGCUCUAUUGAAGCUGUAGCCGUGGUGGAACUCCUUCAAAAGUGUGUAACAAGCUCAGAGUUUGAUUCUGUGGAUGGAGUGGAAAAUUGCACCCGGCGGAUAAACAGUGCACCACUGACAGACACGACGACUGUUGGUCAUCAGACAAUCCAUAGGAUAGAUAUU